GAGUUUUUUUUUUAAAAAAAAUAAGAAUGGAGAGUGAGAGAGCGUUCGCUUGGUAACAACAAUCGUCGCAACUAGCUAGUUGCUUGCAGUUUGUUCUUUGAAUCAACUGGGGGUAACAAGUCAGUUGGUCUUUGCUGUACUACGUACGCAUUGCCGCAAGCAACUCCAGCGGUAGUAUACAUUUGAUUUUCCUGUCAUGAUAUAGAUAAUGAUGAUAUGUGACGGCCGCCGGUUGCCUUUAAAUACGGCUGCGUCCUCGGGUCCCGUUUCCUCGCAACAAGUCAGGAGAGCAAACAAGUUUCCCCUCCAUCCCAACACCAAACUCCUCCGACGACCCAGCUUGCCGACGACCAUGGCCUGCAGUCCUCACCACCAGGGUGACGUGGUGUUCGAGGCGAACGCCAUCGGCUGGGCUCCCUCGGGCGCGCGCACGGCGCUGUCGCUGCGCCACGAGCGGGACCCGGCCAGGCUCCCCGCUGCCGCCGUCGGGGGCGAGCGCACGCCCAGCAGCGGCCGGUACGUCCUGGCGGCGGGCCGCGGCGGCGAGGAGGACGGGCUGCGCCAGGCGAUCCCGCCGGGCGCGCUCAGGCCCCGGGUCACGUACCGCGUCGCGGGCUGGGCCAGCGUAGCCGUAGCGGCGGCGGAGGAGGAGGAGGAGGGAGCCCGCCAGCAGUACCGCCAUCACCCCGUGCGCGUCAGCAUCCGCGUCGACGACGGCGUGGUCGUCGAGUGCGGCGCUGUCGCCUGCUCGGCCGCCUCCGACUCCGACUCCGGGUCGGCGGCGGCAGGGUGCAGCAGGUGGGCGGAGAUCAAGGGCGCGUUCCGGCUCAGGGAGUGCCCCCGCAGCGCGGCGGUGCACGUGCAUGGCGCGCCUGCCGGCGUCGACGUCAAGGUCAUGGACCUUCGGAUCGUUGCCACGGACCCGAAGGCGCGCUUCGGGUACCUCAAGGACAAGACGGACAAGGUGCGCAAGCGUGACGUGGUCGUGAAGCUGAGCGGGGCGGCGGCGGGCGCGUCGGUGCGCGUGGUGCAGCUGGACAGCGCCUUCCCCAUCGGCAGCUGCAUCAACGGCACGGUGAUCCAGGACCCUGCGUUCGUGGACUUCUUCACGAGCCACAUGGACUGGGCCGUGUUCGAGAACGAGCUCAAGUGGUACUGGACGGAGGCGGAGCGCGGGCAGCUCAACUACGCGGACGCCGACCGCCUGCUCGACUUCUGCGACCGGGCGGGCAAGCCCGUGCGGGGCCACUGCAUCUUCUGGGCCGUGGACGGCGAAGUGCAGCAGUGGGUCAAGGACAUCGGGCGCGACGACCCCGACCAGCUCAUGGCGGCCGUGCGGGACCGCCUCGGGGGCCUCCUCGGCCGCUACGCCGGCAGGUUCCCGCACUACGACGUGAACAACGAGAUGCUGCACGGCCGCUUCUUCCGCGACCGCCUCGGCGACGGCGUGCCCGCGCUCAUGUUCCGCGAGGCCGCGCGCCUGGACCCGGCCGCCGCGCUCUUCGUCAACGACUACAACGUCGAGUGCGGCGGCGACCCGGCCGCCACGCCGGAGCGGUACGUCGACCUCGUCCGAGCCCUGCAGCGGGGCGGCGCGCGGGUCGGCGGCGUCGGGAUGCAGGGCCACGUCACCCACCCCGUCGGCGAGGUCAUCUGCGACGCGCUCGACACGGUCUACGCCGCCACCGGCCUGCCCGUCUGGUUCACGGAGGUCGACGUCUGCGAGCCCGACGACGCGCUCCGCGCCGACGACCUCGAGGUGGUCCUGCGCGAGGCGUUCGCGCACCCGGCGGUGCAGGGCGUCGUGCUCUGGGGGUUCAUGCAGGGCCACAUGUGGAGGCAGGACGCCGCGCUCGUCAACGCCGACGGCACCGUCAACGACGCCGGCCAGAGGCUCAUCGACCUCAGGAGCGAGUGGAUGUCCGACGCGCGGGGCCGCCUCGACGCCGACGGACAGUUCAGGUUCAGGGGCUUCCACGGCACCUAAGACAUCCUUUGGUGACCGGGGCCAAUAAAACACAGGGGAGCUAGCACCGGAGGGGGCAAAUUCCUGUCAUACGAAUUCCCUGGGUGGGCAUUGCCCAGCGGGGCUGCGCUGCCCUGACAUCCUUUGGUGCCCCAUGGGUCAGCUGCCCUGCUGCCCUCUGGAGCCACACAUCGGCAGCUGCUAGAAGUGUGAUCAUCAUCAAAUCACAAGUAAAAUAGAAAAAAUAAAAAUCAACAAAAUCAAACAGAAAUUUGUACGCAAAAACAACAAUAUGCCCCUCAAAAUUUGUACGCUGAAGCAACUUUCUUUUAAAAAUAAACAAAAUCAAACAGAAGUCUCCUAAGAUUUUUUGAUUCAUGCCACUUAAAUAAACAACUUUCUUUGACCACAGAAAUAGCUCAUAAGAAAUUAGUGACAAAUUUAACAUAUGUUUGACAGACUCAUAACAAAAAAAAGUACUUGGUAUGCCCAAAAUGUUAACACAACAAUAACGUUCUUUUGAACAUCUUGUAUUUAUUGUCGCAGAGCUCCAUCCAUUGCCUCCCUGCAACAACAGAAGAAAUAUAUACUAUUAACCAAAUCAGAAAUUAAGCAAGAAUCUGCGGGCAGUAGUAACUUGAGUGAGAAAUUAGGCAAGAAGAAACAAGAAAAGUGGGAUAAGGAAAUUAUAGAUGGUUGUAGUGCAGUGUAGAAUAAACAAGAAGAAACAAGAAAAGUGGGAUAAGGAAAUAAGCGGUUGACCUACUGUGUGACACAGUUUAUAGAAAAGGAUCUAGAGCUCGCAAGCCCAGUGAUAAUUGGUUUGUUAAGGUACUGGCCAAUAACAAAUUGUCAAAAGGAAGUGACGUUUUUCAGCGAGAUCGAAGAGAUCUUGGAGGCUACCAGCCAGACAGAAUUCCAGAAAUGCAUAGAAUAAGUAAGGCCAGCAGCAACAACAAGCUGUCAGCACCAAACAAGCAUUUAGAAAUAGUAAAUGUGACCAUACAACUGAAGGCUAUUUUUCAAUAUGCUAUUGGCUGAAAGAAUAUUAUUGAAUUAUUUUUUUGCUUACCAGGAAACUAAAGGCUUGGUGGACAUCUGAAAAUAUUGAGAUUGGUGGACAUCUGAAAAUAUUGCAGAAAUUAGUAAAUGUGACCAUGAAGCAAAAAAAAUUGUAGAAAUUGAGUGCUUUAUAUAACUACCUGCUUGUGGAUCUCGUUUCUAAGCCACAACAAUCGGACACGUGGCCUCUGGCUGUUCAGAAAUAUUUCUCUGUUCUCCUCGCACUUAAACACACCCAUUGCCGCUGCCAUCUCCUCUUCAGUUAUAUCUUCCAUCGACUCUAACACACGAACACACUUUCCAAUACAAUAUUCUUCCUUCUUGUUACAUCCCUCAGCUUGUUGAUCAAUCUGAUUUACCACAUCAAGCAACUUAUCAUUAUGUUGCCUUUUGUAAUCCAAAUAUUCCUCAAGAACCCCAGCAAUCUGACUUUGCUUACGCUUCCUUCCAUGACUCUCCGCUCGCUGUUCUGAAGAUGCCGGGGUGCGGUCAUGUCCACCAAUCUCAACACGGGUACUUGAAGAUCCCAACCCAUGCAAAUUUGAAGAGAUUUGGUUCAAAUCAGGGUUAACCCCGAGGUCAUCAUCAAUCCUGAAAGAGCUCAUAGCUUCAGCUUCAACUUCAGCUUGAAUAUGUAAUUGUUGUCGGGAUGAUGUAUGUUGCUGAGUUGAUGUAAAAUUGAGAUCACCGGUGGCACAACUGCCAUCAUAGAGUGCUGACAACUGAUUAUACAAAGGGAAUGGCCUUGACUGAAA